AUCACCCCAUUCGCUCAACUGCUCAAGCUUCCCAAGCCAAUAACAACGUCAAAUGGCACAAGCGCCUCUUUGAAGGGAUGUCUAGGACGGCCAGAGACGGCGACAAACAACGCCGCCGCCGCCCGCUUCCCGUGGCUAGAUGCAGUGUACAGUACCUACAGCGCUGCAGGGUUUCACGAAGUACCUAGUAGGUACCUACCUAGCCCAGUGAAUAAGGUUAGGUUCUAUGUAGCAACCUUGGAAGGAAUAAGGUGUUGUUGUUUCAAGUUACCGCAGGUGUACUACUUUCCCCUGACCUGGCUUGCGCCGUGCAGGCGGGCGCGUACCCCAGGGUUCUUUAAUCCUGGAUCCUUUAUGUUUCUUCUACCCACCCAACUGUCUGCCAGAGAGUCAUCUCUCCCUUCACAGCUUCUUUCACAGCUCACUUCUCUCUUAAAAACUGUCGCCAAAGACACGGGUAGUAUUGAUAAUCUCCCUCGUUCCCUCAUUGAGACAGAGUGGCUUGGCAACAUCAAACCACCCAACAACCCCGCCAUCAUCAAUCAUCCACCAGCAUCAUCCCACUGUUCCCCUCUACACAUCUACAUAUUCAUUCACCAUGGCCACACGACCCAGCUUGUUCACACGAGGUCUUUCCUCUCUCUCUCAGAGCUCAGACCCCAACUCACCCAGCGUAAGCUCGCCUGCCGAGCAACGAGACGAUGCGAAGCGCAAUCUAUUCAAGACCAUGCGGCCUCUGCCCACUCAACACUACUGGAAUGUCUGGUUCGAUAGGCCGUCCAAAGAUCAGAAGCCCGAUGACGGCAGUUAUACCUCCUCCCUGGAGAAGUUGGACGUUCAGAUCGAGUCCGUCCAAGAUUUUUGGCGGUAUGACAAUAACACCCCGGUUGACCAGAUCAAGAUGCGUGACUCCCUGUACCUGUUCAAGAGCGGCUUCAAGCCUAUCUGGGAGGAUCGCCGAAACGUUCUGGGAGGUAGCUGGACUUUUCGAAUGCCUAAGAGCACAGGUCCGGACUUCUGGACGCGAAUUCAGCUGAUGGCAAUUGGUGAGACGUUGCAGCAGGCGUUGGCCGAAGGAGACCAGAUUUGUGGCGUCGGGCUCUCGGUGCGGUUUACCUCGCAUCUCAUUUCGAUCUGGCACCGCGAUUCCUCGAAACAGUCUUCAAUCGAUGGGAUACUCGAGGCGGUUCUUAACGAGCUACCAGAGGAGUUGCGGCCAAAGCCUGAUAAUUACUUCUACAAGAGGCACCAGGACCACGCAGGCUUCAAAGCACCCCCAGAGCUCCAAGCUGUCUUGGACUCGCAGAAGAGAGCGCAGGAGGCUGCAGAUGCCAAGAAGGCGGAUGUAACUGCUACCCCAGCUGAAUGAUUUCUCAAUCUCCUUAGGUAUUGGGAUGUAACUCUUAAGAAAAGGUUUAAUUCCGAAUGAAUUUAGAGAUAUGCGUAUUCACUUUCUCCGUUUAGUCGUUUUUGCAAAGGAGGCAAUUUCCAGGUAGGAUACCUGGCCUUGAUUUUCUGUUAAUAUCUAGGCGUUAGAUGGGUAAGCGUGCAUUUAUUCAGGCGUUCACAUGCGGCAAUCUGCGGAGCAAUUCACAAUAUAUCUAUCUACUGAAAAUAUAAACAAGAAUAAAUAAAGGGCAAUAUUUCUUUAGG